UGGAUCUUGAAAAUGGAGGAGCAAACAUCAUGUUUGCCUAGGCAUCUGCUGAAAAACAAACAGCAGAAGCACAACGUGUUUACUAUUGUAUUUUAGAUUGUAUCAGUUAUAUCGAACUGCAGUUUUAUUAAAAUUGCAGUUUAAUUGUUUUUUACAAUAAUUACUAGAGUCUAGAUCUACCCUAAAUAAAAUUAUUUUAAUUUUGUGAGUGACUUCCAAAAUCAGUCACCUCACAGUUCAACUUUGGUGUUUUAAAACUUUUUUUAUUAGUUGAAUCAGCAUCAGUAAAUUAUUUCUAAAAUGGCUCUAGAAAGAGCAAAGUUGUGUGAAACACCUGUGUAUAGCAGCAGUAAAGUUAGGGGGCUUCCAGGCCUCCCUCCAUUGCCAGCAGAAGGGAGUAGGGAACCAUCUGAUUUGUACAAAAUUGUACUACGCAACAGUGAACAUCCUCCCCUAAUGAAAAGUACCUCCUGGACGCUAGCAGCACCAUUUAAAGAACAAAAGUAUGACAGAACACCAAGUGAAUCUAUAGCAAAUGUGUAUACACCUACUGCAAGCAAUCUCAAAUUGAAAGAUUUGCCGAAGUUGUACAGAACAAGGUCAAAGGUCUUUGAAAAUCUACCUGUUGUUGAAAGUGUGGAAAGAUUAAACAGUCCAAGAAAACUGCAUCCUUUACCUAAAGUUAAAAAGUUUGAAGAACAAGAAAAUACAGCACCCAGCCGACCUUUAACCCCAACAGAACAAAUUGAUGUAAUGAUGGCAGUACAAAAUGAGAAAAUAAAAAGGUCUAGAGAACCAACUCAAAGAGACUUAGAACGCUACUACUAUUAUAUCCGCAAAGGAAUCUCCCCAAACAUGCUGGCACCACAGCCAAGCCAGCAGUUGAAACAUAUUGAAAGAAUGGUUCCUCAAAAUCUUCUCUUAGCCAAACACCUUCAACCAAUGUGCCAGCAACUAAGGCUGGAAAUAGCUAAUGACUAUGAAAUGAGUGCACGUAAAAGUAUAGUUGACUACAUUUUACAAGAAGAAUCAGAGAAAAAAAGACUGCAUAUAGAUUGGAUACCAGAGUCCUUUCCUCAAAAGGUGAUUCGUGCACCUGUACCCUGGCACUCCACCUAUGCAGCAAAGAAAGCCAUUAAUGAGCAGCAUUUAUUUACAACUUGUUCGCUCAUGCUGAAGCUGCAAAACCUGUGGUUUAAUGAAUUUUGCCACCUGCGCUUUGUAAACGUAGACAGCCUGCUAGCAGCGGAUCUACCACUUCUGCCAGCGGAAUUUGAGUCUCUUGUCAAGACGCAGUGCUGGGAAGCUCACGAGUUUCUCAAGAAAACCUGGAUCCCGACAUGCGCCAAACUGUUUGUGGAUUACAAGGAGGUGUGGCAGGAUUUAGUACCACCUGGCGAGUACGACAACACAGAUAUGAUCCAGGAGUUUUUCUCUUGUGUUUCCUCUCUGAUGUCUCUACAGCUGCGCUCAAUGGUCAUCAACUCGCUGGCUGACUUUUUGAACUUUUUUAGACGUCAUGAGGCUGGCAAUGACUUUGGAGAAAACUAUGAUGAACUUGCUUACAUUGAAAAGCAGAUUAUGAUUGUCAGGCUAAAAAUAGAAGAGCCAAAAAUAAUCUUUGAGCCCACCUUCAGAGAACUAAGGGACAUAAUUCUCAGGUGCUUUUCCGAGAUCAUCGCCAGCGGUGAAGGGAUUUCCAGAGUGGAAUGUGAACUUUUUCCUGACAUGAGAGGUCAACGGCUUUUAUUGCGCUCUGUCAGAAUUGAUGAAAGUCUUGUUACAGACUAUGUGGAUAAGGCCAUGGAUAUAUUUAGAUUAAACAUCGCUGGACCACAAAAAUAUUUGAAUGAAUACAAAAGAUUUGCAGACUUAUUGAACAACAAAGCAGAUCAGGAUGUUUCAUCCUUCUUGAGAGAAAAACAUUCAAUAGCUGCUUUCAAAAUGAAGAUUGAUUCGUAUCAAGAUUUAAAAGAUGAAAUUGCUUCAAUGAGAGUAACUGCCCCUUUAAGCAUGUUUUGUCUGGACUGUGUCAACCUAAACCAUGACCUGUGCCACCGAGCCCAGCGCCUGCGAGAAAGACUUGUUGUGUUUGUUGUGGAUGAGAACAGAGAUUUGAACAAAGCACUGAACAAAAGCUAUGAAGAAAUACAGGAGAGGGUUCAGAUUAUACCAGAGUCUACAAAAGACCUUGUAGACCUCCAAGAUUACUUGAAAGUUUCCAAUGACAUAACAGUUUACAAACUACAAGACAGAGUAACUGAAGCCAGCCACCGAUUGAUGUUCCUCCUAGAUUAUGCUGACUUUCCUUAUGAGGACAUUAAACUGAACACAGUAACAUUUCACUGGCCAGCCCAGAUCACAAAUGUGUUGGAGCAUAGCCAGGGUAGGAUCAUGAACAAGAGAGAUCAGAUCGAAGAGGAGCUCAAGAAACGAGUGGCUGCCUUCGAAAUUAAAAUUGAUAGCUAUGUCAAGGAAGUUGAAUCAUUUAAAAAGAAAGAGUUUAUGAGUUCAGAGGAGAUGAAGAUGAAUGUUGAAACUCUGACUCACCUCCAUGAAAACCUUGAGGCAGCUCGGACUGAGCUGGAAGGGCUCCAAGAUGAACAGAAACUCUUGGAAUGGGAGAUAACUGAAUUCCCACAACUGGCCUCCAUGUUUCAAAUUAAGGAGCCCUAUGACAAACUUUGGAGAACUGCUUACAAUUUCUAUCUCAAAAAUGAACUUUGGACACAUGGACCAUUCAAGAACUUGAACUCUGAAGAGAUUGAGAAUGAAGUGAGUGAAAUGUGGCGCACCAUGUACAAACUGACCAAAGCCUUUGCUGACCAGCCUGGUCCACGCCACAUUGCCAACAGUGUGAAGACAAAAAUUGACAAGUUCAAGACUAACAUGCCCAUUCUGCAGACCAUCUGUAACCCUGGCAUCAGAGGCAGGCAUUGGGAUCAGAUGAGUGAAAUUGUUGGCUUUGAUAUCAGACCACAAGAAGAGACCUCGCUAUCAACCAUGUUGGAAUAUGGCCUUCACAAACAUCUUGAAAAGCUGGAAGAAAUUGGUGGAAGUGCAGCCAAAGAAUAUUCUCUGGAGAAAGCCCUGACCAAGAUGAAAGAUGACUGGAAAGAUUUGAAGUUUGAACUUGUGGCAUACAGAGAUACUGGUGUCAGUAUCCUCAGUGCACUGGAUGACAUACAAGCCUUGCUUGAUGACAACAUCGUCAAAGCCCAGACCAUGAGAGGGUCUCCGUUUAUCAAACCUUUUGAAAGUGAAAUGCGACAAUGGGAGGAAAAACUGGUUUUGAUGCAAGACAUCAUUGACGAGUGGCUGAAGGUGCAAGCAACUUGGCUAUACCUAGAGCCUAUUUUUAGCUCUGAAGACAUCAUGGCCCAAAUGCCUGAAGAGGGUCGCAAGUUUGGUAUUGUGGACAGCUACUGGAGAGACAUCAUGAAAGAAACCAGUCAGGACACCAACUGUCUAGUAGCCACAGGUCAGAACAACAUGUUGGGUCGCUUGCGUGAGGCUAAUGUUUUGUUGGAAGAUAUUCAAAAGGGGCUUAAUGCCUACUUGGAGAAGAAGAGGCUGUAUUUCCCAAGGUUCUUUUUCCUAUCAAAUGAUGAGCUGUUGGAGAUCUUGUCUGAAACCAAAGAUCCAAUGAGAGUACAGCCACACUUGAAGAAAUGUUUUGAGGGAAUCUCCAAGCUGGAGUUCACAGAAAAUGAGGAAAUCAUUGGCAUGAUUUCUGCUGAAAAUGAAACUGUUCCAUUCUGUACAUCCAUCUUUCCAGCAAAAGCAAAGGGCAUGGUAGAGAAAUGGCUGCUUCAAGUUGAAGAUGUCAUGAUAAACAGUUUAAGAAAAGUCAUCAAUGAUUCUAUAUCUGCGUACAAGACGACACAUCGCAAACGUUGGGUGGUGGAAUGGGCAGGUCAAGUAGUCUUAUGUGUCAGCAGUUUAUACUGGACAACAGAGGUCACAGACUCAAUGAAAAAUGAAAAUGGUCUAAAGAUUUAUUUAGAGCGCUGCAAUCGGCAGAUUGACCAGAUCGUUGAACUGGUCAGAGGAAAACUGGACAGUGGGACCAGAGUGACACUUGGGGCUCUUAUUGUCAUUGAUGUACAUGCCAGAGAUGUGUUGGCCCACCUGACCAAGAACAACAUCAGAAGUCCACAGGACUUCAACUGGAUCUCACAGAUGAGAUACUACACAGACAACAAAGACAUCUUCGUCCACAUGAUAACAACAGAGAUAGCUUAUGGCUACGAGUACCUGGGCAACUCACCACGUCUCGUCAUCACCCCACUGACAGACAGGUGUUACAGAACACUGAUGGGUGCUUUGAAAUUAAAUUUGGGAGGUGCACCUGAGGGACCAGCUGGUACAGGCAAAACUGAAACCAGCAAAGAUCUGGCAAAAGCUGUAGCCAAACAGUGCGUUGUGUUCAACUGCUCAGAUGGCCUGGACUACAAGGCUAUGGGAAAGUUCUUCAAAGGACUUGCACAAGCCGGUGCGUGGGCUUGUUUUGAUGAAUUCAAUCGUAUCGAGCUGGAGGUGCUGUCUGUCAUUGCCCAGCAGAUACAGAGCAUCCAGCAAGCCAUUGCUGCCCAUCUCAAGAGGUUUAUAUUUGAAGGGACUGAACUCUCACUGAACCCAACCUGCACUAUAUUUAUCACCAUGAAUCCUGGCUAUGCUGGCCGACAAGAGUUGCCAGAUAAUCUUAAAGUUUUGUUCCGUACAGUGGCCAUGAUGGUCCCUGAUUAUGGCAUGAUUGGUGAAAUACAGCUCUACUCCAUGGGAUUUGUAGAUGCUAGAAGCCUGGCCAACAAAAUUGUUGCCGUUUACCGCUUGUGCUCCGAGCAGCUGUCCUCCCAGCACCAUUACGACUACGGCAUGCGUGCCGUCAAGUCAGUACUGACAGCAGCUGGCAACUUGAAGCUCAAGUAUCCCAACCAAGACGAGGCCGUCCUGCUGCUCAAGGCCAUCAGUGAUGUCAACUUACCCAAAUUUUUGGCUCAGGAUGUCCCGUUGUUUGAGGGCAUCAUCUCUGACUUGUUCCCUGGGGUUCAACUGCCCCAGCCUGACUACGGUGUUUUCCUUGACACCAUGAAGGAAGUGAUUGCCAAAAGAGAAUUACAACCAAAUGAGUUCUUCAUUAGCAAAGUGAUCCAGAUUUAUGAAAUGAUUCUUGUGCGCCAUGGAAUGAUGAUUGUUGGUGAACCACUGGGUGGUAAAACACAAGCAUAUCAAGUUCUAGCUGAUACUCUGGGAGACCUGAUGGACUCCAAAUUGUAUGAAGAGUUCCGCACUGUAUACCGUAUCAUUAAUCCUAAAGCCAUUACCAUGGGACAACUUUAUGGCUGCUUUGAUCCAGUCUCCCAUGAGUGGUCAGAUGGUGUUCUAGCCAACACGUUUAGAGAGUAUGCCAGCAACCAGGACAGCUACAGGAAGUGGAUUCUGUUUGAUGGUCCUGUGGAUGCUGUCUGGAUUGAAAACAUGAACACCGUACUGGAUGACAAUAAAAAGCUGUGCCUGAUGAGUGGUGAGAUCAUCCAGAUGAACAACAAGAUGAACCUGAUCUUUGAGCCUGCUGAUCUGGAACAGGCUUCUCCAGCCACUGUCAGCCGUUGUGGCAUGGUGUACCUAGAGCCCCACCAGAUGGGCUGGCGGCCCAGCGUGCAGUCCUACAUGAUGUACCGGCUGCCAAAGAAGCUCAGGCAGGAGCAGAAGGAGCUGGUCCAAGAUCUUUUUGAUUGGUUGGUGGAGCCUUGUCUUGACUUUGUCAAGCGCAGCUGCAAGACAUUUAUUCCCACCUCAGAAAUCCACCAGGUUCACAUGCUGAUGCAUCUCUACACCUCGAUGAUGGAUGAAAUUAUUGAGACCUGUAAAGCCUUACCUGACGAAGGUGCCCCAGAAUCCCAGGAACACAACCCUGAACACCUAACACAGCAACAGAUAACACUCUGGCUGCAAGGCAUGUUCCUGUUCUGUAUAGUCUGGACCAUUGGGGGUACUGUCAUGGCUGACAGCAAGAAAGCUUUUGAUGAGUUUUUCCGCACACUCAUCAGCGGAGUGGAUGACAACCACCCAAAGCCCAAGAGCAUCAAAAUCACAAAGAGCAACACCUUCCCAGAGAGAAACACAGUUUUUGAUUUUGCUUUCCAAAAGAAAAGUGGGGGUGGUUGGAUUGACUGGAUGGACACCAUUGAUAAGUCACACCUCAUUAUACCACCAGGGUCAAAGGUGAGCACACUAACAAUUCCUACAGCAGAAACAGCGAGGCAGCAAUAUUUCCUCAACCUGUACAUGACACACGAGGUUCCCCUGCUUGUGAUUGGUCCAACGGGGACGGGCAAGUCUGCCAUCACCAACAGCUACCUGCUGGCUCUGCCUAAGGAAUCGUACAUCCCUAACUGCAUCAACUUCUCAGCCAGAACUUCAGCCAACCAGACACAGGAUAUUAUCAUGUCUAAGUUAGACAGGCGCCGUAAAGGUGUGUUUGGUCCUCCAAUGGGCAAGAAGUCUGUAGUUUUUGUGGAUGACCUGAACAUGCCAGCUAAAGAAAAGUAUGGAGCCCAGCCUCCAAUUGAGCUUCUAAGACAAUGGAUUGACCAUGGGCAUUGGUAUGACAAAAAGGACACAUCCAAGCUUUUCCUGACAGAUGUGUUGUUUGUCAGUGCUAUGGGCCCUCCCGGUGGAGGCAGGAAUGACAUCACAUCCAGAUUCACUCGCCAUCUCAACAUCAUCGCCAUUGAUGAAUUUGAAGACAACAUCAUGACAAAAAUAUUUACCUCCAUCACUGACUGGCACUUUGCUAAUGGCUUUGAAGCCAGUUUUGUCAGGAAUGGAAAACUCCUGGUGUCUGCCACCAUGGGGGUCUACAAAGAUGCCAUCGCCAACUUCCUGCCCACGCCAUCCAAAUCUCAUUACGUCUUCAACCUGCGAGACUUUGCCAGAGUCAUCCGAGGAGUUCUACUGGUGCCCGCCACUGAGAUGAGCGAGAUGGAUAAACUACUGAGGCUGUGGGUCCAUGAAGUGUACAGGGUUUUCUACGAUCGUCUCAUUGAUGAUAAUGACAGGAACAUGUUUUUCAAGAUAGUAAAAAACAAUUGUCAAGAUAGUUUCAAGCAAAACAUUGACAAAAUUCUUGGACACCUGUCAAAAAGUGGCAAAGUAACUGAUGCUGACAUCCGAAGUCUUUUCUUUGGGGACUAUUUUAACCCAGAGAACAGGGUGUACACAGAGAUCACAGAUCUCAAGGAGCUGACUGUUGUCAUGGAGCAUUAUCUAGAUGAGUACAACAUAGUGAGCAAAGCCCCCAUGAAGUUAGUCAUGUUCAAGUUUGCUAUUGAGCACAUGUCUCGCGUGAGUCGUGUGCUGCUGCAGGACAAUGGGCAUGCCCUACUUGUGGGUAUUGGUGGCUCAGGCCGUCAAAGUGCUGCCAAGUUGGCUUCAUUCAUGGCCGAUUUUGAGCUCUUCCAAAUUGAAAUUACCAAAAACUACAGCAAUACUGACUGGAGAGAGGAUCUGAAAAAGCUCCUGCGAAAAACAGGAGUAGAAGGAAAACCAACAGUCUUCCUGUUUUCUGACAACCAAAUUAAAGACGAAUCCUUCAUGGAGGACAUCAGUAUGAUCUUGAACACGGGAGAUGUACCAAACAUCUUUGCCAGUGAUGAGAAAGCUGAUGUCAUUGAGAAAAUGCAAAGCGUGGCGAGGAAUGAGGGUCGUAACAUGGAUGGGACCCCGCUUGCCAUGUACAACUUUUUUAUAGACCGCGUGAAACAGCAUUUGCACAUUGUGCUGGCAAUGUCACCUAUUGGAGAUGCCUUCAGAAACAGGCUGAGGAUGUUCCCAUCUCUCAUCAACUGUUGCACCAUUGAUUGGUUCCAGGCGUGGCCUGAAGAUGCCCUUGAGAUGGUAGCCAACAAAUUCCUGGAAGAGAUUGAAAUGGAAGAUACCCUCAAGCUGGAGACUGUCAGCAUGUGCAAACACUUCCACGAAUCCGUCAGGGUUGCCUCGGAAAAAUACUUUGAAACACUGAGGCGCCAUAACUACGUGACACCAACUUCCUAUCUGGAGCUGAUCUUGACCUUCAAGUCCCUGCUAACAAUCAAGCGAGAUGAGCUGAUGAUGAUGAAAAACCGUUACCUGGUGGGUCUGGAGAAAUUAGACUUUGCCGCGUCGCAGGUCUCCGUAAUGCAGCAGGAACUGACUGACCUGCAGCCUGAGUUGAUCAAGACGUCGGCUGACACGGAGAAGCUGAUGGUGAAGAUUGAACAAGACACAGUGGAGGUGGAGGCUAAGAAAGAGGUUGUGGCUGCUGAUGAAGCCGUAGCUAACGAAGCUGCUGCAGCUGCUCAAGCCAUUAAAGAUGACUGUGAAGGUGACCUUGCGGAGGCAAUUCCAGCUUUAGAAGCUGCUAUUACAGCUUUAAAUACUCUCAAACCAGCUGAUAUUUCCACAGUCAAAGCUAUGAAGAAUCCCCCACCUGCUGUAAAGCUUGUCAUGGAAUCAGUGUGUGUAAUGUUAGGCAUCAAGUCUGAGCGCAAACCAGACCCAUCUGGCUCAGGGAAGAUGAUAGAGGACUACUGGGGUCCCUCCAUGAAACUCUUGGGGGAUCUCCGAUUUUUGGAUCGACUGAAAACUUAUGACAAGGACAAUAUAGCGCCACCAAUUAUCAAAAGAAUUAGAGACAAAUACAUCGCCAAUCCUGAGUUUGACCCAAGCUUGAUCAGGAAUGCCUCAAUGGCGUGUGAAGGCCUAUGCAAGUGGGUGCGGGCCAUGGACAUCUAUGAUAAAGUUGCCAAAGUUGUGGCCCCUAAAAAGGCCAAACUGGCAGAAGCAGAAGGAGAACUGGCCGUCCAGAUGGAAAAAUUAAAUGAGAAGAGAGCACAACUGCAAGCAGUAACAGACAAACUCCAAGCCCUGAAUGAUGAAUUUGAAGUGAUGACUCAGAAGAAAAAAGACCUGGAGAGCAACAUUGACCUCUGCUCAAAGAAACUUGACCGAGCAGAAAAAUUGAUUGGGGGUCUGGGUGGGGAGAAAGACAGAUGGACCGAGGCGGCCAAAGCUCUGGGUGACCUGUACAUCAACAUCACGGGUGAUGUGCUCAUCUCAUCUGGUGUGGUCGCCUACCACGGCGCCUUCACUGUCGACUUCCGUCAGAUGAUGAUGAAAGAAUGGCACGAGCAGUGUAUCAAGAGGAAAAUUCCUUGCUCAAAGGUGUUUUCCCUUAGUUCAACGCUCGGUGAGCCAGUCAAGAUCAGGGCAUGGAACAUCGCUGGGUUACCCGUGGAUGCGUUCAGUGUUGACAAUGGCAUCAUUGUGUCCAAAUCCAGAAGAUGGCCACUCAUGAUUGAUCCUCAAGGUCAGGCCAACAAGUGGGUGAAGAACAUGGAGAAAGCCAACAAGCUGAACAUCAUCAAACUCUCAGACGCCAACUACAUGCGCACCCUGGAGAACAGCAUCCAGUUUGGAACUCCCAUCCUGCUGGAGAACGUGGCGGAGGAGCUUGACCCCAUUCUAGAACCUGUUCUACAAAAGCUGACCUUCAAACAGCAGGGUGUAGACUACAUUCGCCUUGGUGACAAUGUUGUGGAAUAUUCUAAUGAAUUUAAGAUGUACAUCACAACUGGUCUGAGGAACCCUCACUACCUGCCUGAGGUGUCCGUCAAAGUGUGCCUGCUCAACUUCAUGAUAACCCCACAAGGUCUAGAGGACCAGCUCCUGGGUAUUGUUGCUGCUAAAGAGAAACCAGAUCUGGAAGAAAAGAAAAAUCAGUUGAUCCUGGAGAGCGCUGCCAACAGAAAACAAUUGAAAGAAAUUGAAGACAAAAUUCUAGAAGUUCUCUCAUCAUCACAGGGUAAUAUUUUGGAAGAUGAAACUGCCAUCAAAGUUCUCUCAUCAUCUAAAGUUCUGUCUGAGGAAAUCAGUGCCAAGCAAGAGAUUGCCGUGGCCACUGAAAAAGAAAUUGAUGAAACAAGAAACGGCUACAAGCCUGUGGCCGUACACUCCUCCAUCUUGUUUUUCUGCAUCUCAGAACUGGCAAACAUAGAGCCCAUGUACCAGUACUCACUUACCUGGUUUAUUAACCUUUAUCUACAGUCCAUCAUCAACAGCAAACGUUCUGAGGAACUGAAUGAAAGAAUCAGCAACUUGAAUGACCACUUUACAAACAGUAUCUACAACAAUGUGUGCCGCUCGCUGUUUGAAAAAGACAAACUGCUCUUCUCUUUCCUCUUGUGUAUUGGUAUUAUGAAGGGAGAAGGGAAAGUUGAUGAAAAUGCCUGGCGUUUCUUGCUGACCGGUGGCGUUGCUCUUGAGAAUUUGCUGCCCAACCCAGCCCCUACCUGGCUGUCAGACAAAGCAUGGUCAGAGAUUGUCAGAGCAUCAAAGUUACCAAACCUUCAUGGACUACAUGAUCACGUGACAAAACAAACAGAUGCCUGGAAAAAAUUCUACGACAACUCCACCCCCCACAACUACAAACUCCCCAGCCCCUGGGACGCAGUCGGUGGCCUGGACUCCAUGAUCAUCCUCAGGUGUUUCAGGCCUGACAAAAUUGUGCCGGCUGUUCAAAAUUUCAUUGUGGAAAACAUGGGACAGUCUUUCAUUGAGCCUCCGACCUUUGACCUGCCAGGGUCGUUUGCUGACUCCAACUGUUGUGCCCCAUUGAUAUUUAUUCUCUCCCCUGGGGCUGACCCCAUGAUGGCCCUGUUGAAGUUUGGAGAGGACAAGGGCUACAAGGGCAACAUGAUCCAGACCAUUUCACUGGGCCAAGGACAGGGACCAAUCGCCUCUAAAAUGAUUGACAGAGCAAUCAGUGAUGGCUCUUGGGUCGUCCUUCAGAACUGUCACCUGGCAACCAGCUGGAUGCCAAGACUGGAGAAGAUCUGUGAGGAGGUGAUUGUGCCUGAAACAACCAAUGAAGACUUCAGACUUUGGCUAACAAGUUAUCCGUCUGAUAGUUUCCCAGUUUCCAUUUUACAAAACGGAGUCAAAAUGACCAAUGAACCACCAAAAGGGUUGCGAGCGAAUUUGAUUCGGUCUUACCUCAAUGAUCCAAUAUCAGACCCUGCCUUCUGGGAUGGCUGCAACAAACCUAAAGCAUGGCAUAAGAUGCUGUUUGGGCUCUGCUUCUUCCAUGCUUUAGUUCAAGAGAGGCGCAAGUUUGGACCACUAGGAUGGAACAUCCCUUAUGAAUUUAAUGAAUCUGAUCUUAGGAUCAGUAUGAGACAGAUGCAGAUGUUCCUUAAUGACUAUGAUGACCUCCCUUUGCCAGCCUUGACCUAUUUAACUGGCGAAUGUAAUUAUGGAGGUCGUGUAACAGAUGAUAAAGAUCGACGUCUGCUUACCUCAUUGCUUUCUGUUUUCUACUGCGAAAAAAUUGUCAAUGAUGACAAAUACAAACUGUCAUCUAGUGGCCUGUACAGCGCACCACCAGAAGGCUCAUACCAAAGCUAUGUUGACUACUUGCGUAGCCUGCCCUUCAUUGCUUUACCAGAGGUUUUUGGUCUGCAUGAGAAUGCUGAUAUUACCAAAGAUAAUAAGGAAACUAACUUGUUAUUUGAAAGUAUUUUACUCACUCUGCCCCGACAAACUGGAGGAGGUGGUCAGUCAUCCGGUGAUGCAAUGCAAAACCUGGCUUCUGAUAUUCUCAGCAAGUUACCAAAGAAUUUUGAUCUGGAAUUUGUAAUGAAUAAAUAUCCUGUGGUGUAUGAUGAGUCCAUGAACACCGUACUGAGACAGGAGUUGAUCAGAUUCAACAGCCUCACUUCUGUUGUGAGGAAAACUUUGGUCAACAUGCAGAAAGCCAUAAAGGGUCUUGUUGUAAUGUCGUCGGAGUUAGAGGAAGUUUUUAACAGCAUGCUCGUUGGCAAAGUACCUGCCUCCUGGGCAUCAAAAUCUUACCCUAGUCUUAAACCUCUGGGUAGUUAUGUUGCUGACCUUUUGGCCAGAUUAAAGUUUUUCCAAGACUGGAUUGAUCAUGGAGCACCAGCAACAUUCUGGUUGUCUGGUUUUUAUUUCACUCAGUCUUUCCUCACAGGUGUGUCACAGAAUUAUGCCAGAAAAACAACCACACCCAUUGACCUUGUGGGUUUUGAGUUCGAAGUCUUGAAAGAAACGAAAACAACCAAACCAGAAGAUGGUGCUUUUGUUUACGGACUUUUUAUGGAGGGAGCAAAGUGGGACAGAGAAAAAAUGUUGAUUGGAGAGUCUGCCCCCAAAAUAUUGUUUGACCACAUGCCACUUAUUUGGCUGGUACCCAACAGGAUUGACCUGUUUAAGAAAAUUCCCAGCUACACAUGUCCAGUCUACAAGACAAGUGCCAGACGUGGCACAUUGUCCACUACUGGUCACUCGACCAACUUUGUUAUGUAUAUAUUGUUGCCGUCUGACAAACCUGAGAACCAUUGGAUCAACAGGGGAGUUGCCUGCCUUUGUCAGCUGGACGACUAAUGAAAACUUGUGCAAAUCUUCACACUUGAGUGCUUUUAACUACAACAUCCUCAUGUUGGAAAUGUGAAUUCAAUGUUGUAUAAUCUUCUAAUACUUGCUCUAAAUAUAAUUUUUUUUAAAUGAUUUCAAUAAAAAAUCAUGUAAUUAAAUGUGCAUUAGAAUAAUUUGAUUAACAUUAUAUUAGUUGUUUUUUAACAGUCAGUACACAAAGCAAUUUUUUAGUAUGCCAUUUGAAAUAUUUAUGAUUGACGAUAUAUUUUUUUAUAAGAGAAAUUUACAGAUAUUAAUUACUGACAAAAUGAGAGAUAUUUGUUUUCUUUACAUAUUGUGAAUACGUUAUUUUUUUUUGUUGUGGUAUAUUUUUUUAUUAUGUUAAUCAGAAUAAUAUCAGUGUAAGAUUGGAGCUCCAGCACUGAGAGCUUUAUUGUGCCAUUUGACAGUAUUGUGGCAUUUGACAAUGUUUGUCAAAGCUGUUUUAUUUUAUAUAUAUUUUAUCAGGACUGUAAUCCAUAUUAGCAUAUAAACAGCAUUCAUUUGUUUGGUUUUUCAGUAUUUUUAUUUUGUUGGCGAGUCGUUAUUUUAGUUCAGAAAUACUGUGUUAAAUAAUGUUGUCCAUAUAUACAUAAUGUAUUUAUAAAUGAUCAAAACAGAGCCUUAUUUUAUACUGAUGGAAACACAUAGGUUGUGUUUAAGGCAGUCAAGCAUGUUUUUAAUGUGGUAAUCACUGCUGACUUAUUCAAACUGUUUUCAAGUUUUACUGCUGUAUCCCAAUGAUUUAUAUCUUUUGAAAGUCUAUUUCUUCAGCUACUUUUGAUAUAUUUGAAUAUAUUCAUGAUAAAUUCUAGAUAGUAGUGAUACCCUACUGAACUAGACUGUUUAUACAAAUGACUGCUUUUUUAUAUUAUAUCCUUCUAUUUGAUAUCAUUGUAUUGACAACAAGCUGUGAUAUUUACUGUGUGAUGAUAAAUGAAUUCAAUAAAGUGAUAUAAAUUUACA